AAAUAUACUAUUGACAUAAAAAUGUUAGUGGCUCUUUAAAAACCGGGUAAUGUUGUAAAUUGUAACUUUUGGCUCUUAUGUCUCAAAAGGUUGCCGACCCCUGUAAUAGGCCUUUCAUAUUUCAUAUGCUGGUAAAUUAGGCCUAGUGGUAAUCUAUCGUUUUGGGUACGUAAAAUCGCCCGCGGCUAUUUAUGUACGAAAACGUUACCUCAUUGUCAAGGCUUUAAUAGAAGUAUAUUGUCAUAUGUUUGUGUCAAAUAUUAUAGAUAAAUGAAUAAUAAACCUAAAUCAAUAGCUAAAUAUAUCGAUAGGGGCCAGAAAUUAACUUUAAACAGCAGUGUCUGAGAGCAAGAUUUGCUAUAUAAACAGCAGUCAUUUGUAAAAUAGAGUGGCUUCCCCCUGAAUCUGGCGCUAUAAGCUUAUAAAAAUAAAACUUAGACAAGAUGGCUGCUAUAGUAAAUGAGCAUGGUUGCAUCUGUUGGAAACAUCGCUAGUCUUCAUUUAUUACGGAAAAGUUUUAAUUCAAGUGUUUAAAAACAGCUUUAGUCAUCAAUUUACCAGAUAAAAAUUAUACAGAAUGGAUGAGGAAGCUGAUUUUAAAACUUUGCCAAGCCUAUUCGAGCUUCUACAGGAAUGCAAUAAGGAAAUAAAAUCAGAAUUAUCCCCUAACAUAACUUUAGCUGACAUAAAGCCUGAUGUAAAAACAUCUUUAAUAACUUUAGAGGAAGUAAAACCAGAUGUAUCUCCAGCUUUAGAAAAAAUGAAAGUAGGUGUAUCAACACCAUUUACAACAGAUAACAUUGAACUGGAUUUAGGAACAUCAUGUAUAGCUUUAGAGGACUCAAAACCAGAUGUUUCAAUUUUACUAUCCACUUUUAAUGACAUUAAAUCAAAUGUAUCUCCAACUUUAGAAAAUAUGAAAAUAGAUGUAUCAACAUCAAUUACUACUGAUAACAUUGAAUCUGAUUUAGGAACAGCGUGUAUGGCUUUAGAGGACUUAAAACAAGAUUUAUCAACUUCUUUUUCAACUAUUGAUUAUACAAAAUUAGAUGUUUCUCCAUCAUUUUCAACAUUUGAAAACAUGAAAGAAGAUAAAUCAACAUUGUUUUCAAACUCCGAAGAAGGAAAGCCAAUUUCAUCAUUCAAGAGUGAAAACCAAAAUAGUUUUGAUGAACAAAUACAACCUCUACCACAUUUAACUACUUGUGGAGAAAAUAUCCCACGUAUUGAAUCAGAUAUUUGGACUGAAUUAAAAGAACUUAAGAUUUUGCUCACCCAUUCAAAUAAUAUUUUAUCUUCAAAUGUUCCCCUAAUUCAUAAGGGAACGGAAACCGAUCAGUGUAGUGAAUGUGAAAAAUUUGCCUGCAUGGACCAUAUCGUGUCAAAUUUGGAAAAAACUGAGAACUCAGAUGAAGAGGCUGUACGUUCAGAAAUCUGUAACCAUGUUAAAGAGCAUAUAAAAAAAAACACAGGUGAGAAACAACAUAAGGCUGUUUCUUUACUGCAAAACACAAUUCAUCAAAAAGAUAUGCAACACAAAUUUGACUCAAGUCAUGAAAAGAUAUCUGAGAAAGUUGUCUUGUCUACACAUAAUACAGCUCAGUUUGUUAAUAAGCUGCAUCAGUGUGACAUUUGUCACAGAAAGUUUUCUUGUAAAGCUUUUUUAUCCACACAUAAAAGAAAUAUUCAUUCUGAACAUCAAAAGUUAACCCACCAAGCUAAUUUAGAAUUACAUAAACAAAUUCAUUCUGGCCAAAAACAACAUGAAUGUGACAUUUGUCUUAAAAAGUUUUCACACCAACCUAGUUUAGCCAGACAUAAAAAACUACAUUCUGGACAUAAACCAUAUGAAUGUGACAUUUGUCAUAAAACAUUUUCUCGGAAAGCUUACUUAUUAUCACAUGAAAACACUCAUUCUGUAGAUAAACAAUAUGAAUGUGACAUUUGCCACAAAAAGAUAGCAUGCAAGUCUAGUUUGGUCAUACAUAAAAGAAUUCAUUCUAGUCAUAAACCUUUUGAAUGUGACAUUUGUCAUAAAACAUUUUCUCAGAAAGCUAACUUAAUAUCUCAUAAAAAAAUUCAUUCUGAAGAUCAAGCAUAUGAAUGUGACAUUUGUCACAAAAAGUUUCUUUACCAGUCAAGUUUAGUCAUACAUAAAAGAAUUCAUUCUGGUGAAAAACCUUAUGAAUGUAUUAUUUGUCAUAAAAAGUAUUCUCAGAAAAGUACUUUAGUGUCACAUCAAAAUAUUCAUUUUGGAAAUAAAUCAUAUGAAUGUGACAUUUGUCACCAAAAGUUUUUUUACCAGUCAUAUUUAGCCACACAUAAAAAAUUUCUUUGUGGCCAAAAACCUUAUGAAUGUGACAUUUGUCACAAAAAGCUUCUUAGCCAGUCUAGUUUAGCCACUCAUAAAAAAAUUCAUUCUGGAGAUAAACCAUAUGAAUGUGACAUUUGUCACAAAAAGUUUCUUUACCAGUCAAGUUUAGUCAAACAUAAAGUAAUUCAUUCUGACCAAAAACAAUGUCAAUAUGAAUGUGACAUUUGUCACAAAAAGUUAUCAAACAAGUCUGAUUUAGGCAGACAUAAAAGAAUUCAUUCUGGCGAAAAAAUAUAUGAAUGUGACAUUUGUCAUAAAAAGUUUUCUAGGAAAAGUUCUUUAGUAUCACAUGGAAAUUAUUUUCAUUCUGGAGAGAAACCUUAUGAAUGUGUUAUUUGUCAUAGAAAGUAUUUUCAGAAACGUUCUUUAGUAUUACAUGAAAAAGUUCAUUCUGGCAAAAAACCAUAUGAAUGUGACAUUUGUCAAAAAAAGUUUCUUGACAAGUCGAAUUUAGCCGCACAUAAAAAAAUUCAUUCUGGUCUAAAGCCUCAUGAAUGUGACAUUUGUCACAAAAAGUUUCCUUACCUUUCUAAAUUAGCCUAUCAUAAAAGAAUUCAUUCUGGCCAUAAACCGUAUGAAUGUGACAUUUGUCAUAAAAUGUUCACUCAGAAAACAUAUUUAGUAUCACAUAAGAAAAUUCAUUCUGGAGAAAAACCCUAUGAAUGUGACAUUUGUCACAAAAAGAUAGCAUACAAGUCUAAUUUAGCUCAACAUAAAAAAAUUCACUCUAGUUAAAUACCACAUGAAAGUGACAUUUGUCAUAGAAAGUAUUCUGAGAAAACUUUCUUUAGUAUCACAUGAAAAAAUUCAAUAGGCAGAUAAAUCUUAUGAAUGUGACAUUUGUCAAAAAAAAAAGGUUCUAUGCCAGUCUAGUUUAGCCACACAUAAAAAAAUUCAUUCUGGAGAUAAACCAAAUGAAUGUGACAUUUGUCACAAAUUGUUUCUUUACCAGUCAAGUUUAGUCAAACAUAAAAUAAUUCAUUCUGGCCAAAAACAAUGUGAAUUUGAAUGUGACAUUUGUCACAAAAAGUUAUCAUACAAGUCUGAUUUAGUCAUACAUAAAAGAAUUCAUUCUAGCGAAAAGCCAUAUCAUUCUAGCGAAAAGCCAUAUGAAUUUGACAUUUGUCAUAAAAAAAUGUUCUCAAAAAGCUCACUUAUUAUCACAUGAAAACACUCAUUCUGUAGAUAAACAAUAUGAAUGUGACAUUUGCCACAAAAAGAUAGCUGACAAGUCUAGUUUAGUCAUGCAUACAAGAAUUCAUUCUGGUCAUAAACCUUAUGAAUGUGACAUUUGUGAUAAAACAUUCUCAGAAAUCUCACUUAUUAUCACAUGAAAAAACUCAUUCUGUAAAUAAGCAAUAUUAAUGUGACAUUUGUCACAAAAAGUUUCUUUACAAGUAUAGUUUAGCCAUACAUAAAAAAAUCAUUCUGGCUAAAAAGAAUUUGAAUAUGAAUGAGACAUUUGUCACAAAAAGACAGCAUACAAGUCUGUUUGAGCAAUACAUACAAGAAUUAAUUCUGACAAAAACCCAUAAGAAUGCGACAUUUGUCACAAAAAGUUUUCUCAGAAAGUUCAUUUAUUGUAACACGUAAAAACCACUUCAAUCUGACAUUUGUCAUUGAAAUUUUGCCCAGAUAAUGAAUCUUUUUUUCAUUAAUUAGUUAACCAACCUUUUCCUUUUAUUGUUUAGCAUUUAUGAUAUUGUUCAUUAUUAGAUUCCAUUAAAUUUUAUAAUAGGGUAUCUUGUUAUUAGAAUAUGCAAUAGCUUGUGCAUAAAUGGAGGUUUCAUUACAUGAAGUUGGCAUGGGGGAAUGGGGUGGUGUGGGGGGUAAAGCAUAUGUUUUUUGGACAGUUACCAUUUUUAUGAAAAAUUAAUUCUAAUAGCCUAAUGUCCUGAUCAUGUACUUUUGUGCCAAUACAAAGAACACAGUGUAUAUUUCUUUAAACCAUUAUUGAGAUAUUGUAUUAAAUUGCAUUGUGUUGCAUUAAGUUUUACAUAUUUAAAAAAAGGAGAAAAUAAAUUAUAGACUACUAUUUAAAUAACUAUAAAAAAAAGCGUAGGUCUCUUCCUAAAUAUUAGUAAAGAUAUCCAAUAGAUACUAAAGUGUCCCACGCUUUUCUUUAUAGUUAUUUAAAUAGUAGUCUACGUUUUAGUGCAUUAGUACAUAAAAGUUUGUUAUUAAAACGUUUUUCAUGAUUUAUUUUUUGUUGUGUUUUGUUAUAUUGUGUUUUGUUGUUUCUACAGAGUCACAACUUAAAUAUUUGGACCUUAUGUAUUGUUUGGUGGGGUUUAACAUGGCAGGAUCAGUAGAUGGGGCAUGAAAGAGAUGAAUAUACUAUUUGUAGAACCGACUUCUGGGCUAGUAUACAUUAUGUUUAUCUAAAAACCACAAUAGUAUAUUUUAUAUUCUAAACUAUUUUAUCUAAAUGAAUACACAGAUAUAGUGGCUCUUAUGUUUAGAGGUCAUGACCCACCUAUAUCAGUAUAAUAAAGUUAGUCUAAAGACAGUUUUCUUGUAAUUACAUUACUUUAAAACAUAUUUCACCACAGUUUAUUUAUCUUGCAAUAUAGACAUAAAUUCUUAUAUUUCUAUAUCAGUAGCAACACCUCCUUCCAACCCCUUUUCUUUUUAUCUUAAAAUUCAAAUCUACAAAACCUAAUGAUUGAGAGAAUGUAUUUUAAACUGUUUUAUCUGAAUAUUGCACAGUAUAUUGGCUAGUUAUAGUAGUAAGCAAAGUUUAAGAUGGGAUUUGUUACAGAUAACAUGAAAUAGAAAAAGAGAAUCAAAGCAUGGGACCAGCUAAAAAAAUUUUAAAUCAAAUUAAAUAGAAUAUAUUUUGGUGUGUUUAUUUUUAUAUUUAUAUAUUGGCUGGGAUUUUAGGGCCUUUUAAAAACAUUGAUUCUGACUCUAAAUUUGCUUAAAGAUUGAAUUUGGUAUUAUAUAUUUCAGUCAUGUAAGUUGCAUUGAAAUUUUUUUUGGAUCCAGUAGUGGACCUAAAACAGAAAAUUCAACAUUAGUGAUCUAAGGUUGUUUUUGGAAUUGUACACAUUUUCAUUGUUUUUCUUUGUUGAAAAUCUUAUUUUUAUUGUACCAGGUGUACUUAUUGAAAAUGUUCAAAUAAAAGUUUAGAUUUUUAUAUAAUAUUUAUAAGGUAAUAUAUGUUUGCUUUUGUCAGUUGUAUCUGACCCUUGCCCCACCAAGUGAUCUAUUUCUAGAUUAUGGUGUUAGGUAAUUUACAUUUUACUUUGUUGAAAACCUUUUAUUUUUUCAUAAGGCCAUUUGCAGUGGUUGAAAUUUUGUUCAAAUAAAAGUUUUUACUUUUCUGUAACAUUUAUAAGUUCAUAUCAAUAUGUAACUUGUUUCCUCUGUCUUCCUGUCCAUCUGUCUUUCGUCAUAGUCCGAAAC